UUGAAUUUCUCACUCCGAGGCGCGACCCCCCCCAAUAUCACCAUGGUUUUCUCCGGUUAUAACGGAGCCUCGUACCUGCCGCUGGACAACGAUCAGAGCAUAACGUUCUACAAGAACGAAAACCGCCACUUCCCCACGGCCAUCUCCCUGCCGACGAUGGCUACGGGGCCGGGUGGUCUGCGAGGGCUCACGGCAUCCCCCGCCAGCGGCAUGGGCAGAGGUGGUAGCGGCGCAGGCAACCACCACAACAUGAGCACCACCGAUUUGCUCACCGCAGCGUACCAUCAGCAGCAGCAACAUCAUGCAAUCGACGGCAGCAGCAGCAGCGGCGCUGGUGGUGGCGGAAGCUUCGCCGCUGUCGGUGAUUGCCCUUUCGUUCGAGUUCAAUCACCAGCGGGCGCAACAGCACUUCGGGCGCCACCAUCGCAACAGCUUUACCAUCACCGCGGCGGAGGAGGCGGUAUUGCCAUGUGCGACGACUUUCAGCCGGUUGCUAAUCUGAACGGUUCCUCCAACGGUUACUACGGUUACGUGCCAACCCUUGCCCCCGUUGCCGGAGUUCGUAGUCCACCGGCGGCCGCCGCACCUCAUGGCCAAAACAAUAACGUAUUGCGAAUGACCCCGGCCGAUAAUGUGGGAACCACGGCAAUGUACAGCACCGGUCGUAGCCUGCUAAGUCAACACCGACGCUUCCAAGACCCGGCCGCCACCGGUGGCUUCAAUAACAACAACAACAACAACGAGGUUCUCUAUGAUGAUCGCCAGGAUGAUCGUCUGCAGAGAAAGCGAAAGGAAGUCGGCAGCGGCCAGGACGACGAAGCCAUGGACGAAGCCCUGCACACUGGCGGCUCCGAUCAGCUGUCCAUCGACGAGUUUCAUCCGAAACGACGAAAAACGGACGCCGAAAGCAUGAUGCAGCCAAGUGGAUCGUCGACUACUACGUUUUCUUCAUUUCCCCCUGCGCUAGGCGGAGCGUACGAGAGGCACCUUCAGCCGGUCAGCGAAAUGGAAUGUCAGGAGCACCAUCAUCAUCAUCCUCCGGGCCAAAGCGCAAUAGGAGCGGCCUCGUUUGGAUUUCCUGCGCACCUCCACCACCAACAUCAGCAACCGCACCCGCACUCGCACCCGCAACACAUACACCAGAACCACAACCACAGCCACGGUGGUCUUGCCACGGUUCCCGAAGCAAGCAAGAGUAAAUAUUUCGACUCAAACCGUUGCAUGAUGUCUCACAUGAUCUAA